CCCACCGGAAACUUUGGGGUAUUUGCCAUCUCAAAAGCGGGAGAGAGCCCAAUACUUACGACUCCACGAGUAGACGAUCAUGGACGUGAAAUACGCCAACGGAGACGACACGUCAAGUCUCGGGCUGGAUGUUUGGCAUGUAAAUCAUCCAGAGUCAAGUGCGAUGAGUUCCAGCCUGUUUGCGCGAGAUGUUCAGCCAAAAGUAUACCUUGUCAGUAUGACUUUAGCAUCAUGUCCAUGUUACCAAACUAUCCACGGCAUCAAAUCCACUGUCAGAGAUAUGGCAAUAGCUCCGUCCCGAGAUCUCUUGGACUGGGCCUUGAUAUGAGUGUCCUACAGCUCCUGUACCAUUUUGAUCACCACACCGCCUCGACACUUGCCUUUGGCGCCUGUGUAUGGAGAGAUGGGGUGAUUCCUCUGGCACUCAAUGAUGAGGUUGUUAUGCAUGCAAUCCUAAUGAUAUCCGCCUCUCACCAGCAUAGCAUCUCGCCCGAUAAUGCUGCAUACAUCAAAGCCAUGGCCUAUCAUCUAGACCUUACUCUCUCUGGUUUCAGGGGUCUCUUGGCACAAGGCACAGAGAAUUGCAAUCACGAUGUAGUCAUCGCUUGCUCUCUCUUGCUAGUCCACUAUGCUUGGUCCAUGCCCUUCUUUGCAUAUGCAGACGACAAAAUCGAUAUGAGAAGCGAGCCAGACAGGCUGCUCAAAUUUGCUGCAGGUCUCAAAGCAGUUAUCAUGAGCACGAAACAAGAUGAAAGCUAUCCUGAUGGCAUUUUCAAGUCUCCCUUGUCCGGCGCUACCAUCCAAGGAUUCCAAGAUUGGGAAUCAGCUCUAGUUACUAUAUUCGACUUUCGAGAAUAUUUCUUUGGUGCUCAGCCAACCACUUCGGAUGGUUCUUUCGGAUGCUGCAUGCACCAUGGAUCUUACAAUGCUUUUGAUCGGCUAGCUCCUCUCUUAAAAACUAUGGACGCUGUAAGGAACGGUCAUGCCAUCCAUCACUUGAUACUUCAGAUACGGAUAUAUACCCUCUUCUGGCCCUCCAAGGCAUCAAAAGCUUUUGAAGAAGAAUUUGCCGUAAACCAAACUGAAGCAUGUGUUGUGAUGCUUACUUUUUACGCCACCGCAUGGUGGCUUCUUUCCGAGAGCGUGUGGUGGGCCAGAACUCGAACAAAAGUGAUGUGCGAGUCCAUUCUCGAAUGUUUGGACAAAAACAACAAGGAUGAGAAUUGGGAAACAAAUAUUGGGAACAUCCGUCACUAUUUUAAAUUUACGCCAAAUGAGACGGAUGGAUGGAUAAUUGGAGAUCCGGGAUACCACCCAGCGAAAGAGUUUCAAUAA